CUAUAGUCGUCUGCAAUUGACACCCCUUUAUGAUGCACUAUGGAAUAAAAUGUUGAAGAAAUAAGCUAUUAAGCAAUUGCUAGUUGUACCAUUUUUCAUUAAAGGUUUUUACUAAACGUUGUGAUGGAAGAAACCAUAACCAAGUGUGACCUUGAUUUUGUGGAGCAAGCUGCUGAGAUGUCACACAGCUUUGUGGCUGAUGAAGAUGAAGAAGAAGAAGAAGUUGAACCAAAGUUAAAGUAUGAGCGGCUGUCCAAUGACAUUGCCAACAUAUUAAAGAAAGAUGCAGCCAGCUGUAUUGCAGUACAUCCAAAGUUUAUGUGUCUAGGGACAAACUGGGGAGCUUUGCAUUUACUUGAUCACCUUGGACAUUCAUCACAGCAACAGGAGUUCCCUACCCAUGGGAUGGCAAUAAAAAUGGUAGAUAUAGAUAGUGGGGGAGACUAUAUUGGUAGCUGUUCAAACGAUGGAAAGGUCAUGGUAUCUGGACUCUAUUCAACAGAAAACUGCCAUACUUUGAUGCUUGAUCGGCCUGUUAAAGCUAUUGCACUUGACCCAUUAUACUACAAGUCGGGCUCUGGUAGAAGAUUCGUAACUGGCGACGAUAGGCUAAUCCUACAUGAAAAAGUGUUUCUGUCUCGCCUAAAGUCGAGUACCUUAUUUGAAGGAGAAGGUUUAAUCACUAAUAUUAAAUGGAAAAGUAGAUUUCUAGCUUGGGCGAGCACGACGGGAGUCAGAGUCUUCGACAUGUCAAUACGUCGCGUAAUCAGCGUUGUCAAAAAAGAUAUAAGCUCGGGAAUCAAUGCGGACAACUACCGCUGUAUUUUGUAUUGGAAAGAUGAUUUAACACUUGUAGUGGCUUGGGCCGAUGAUGUCAAGGUCUGCGUCAUUCGACGGCGCCCAGAUGCCGACGCUGAGCGGCUAAAUCUUCCGUCAUAUUAUGUUGAAAUUGUAUCCAUGUUCAAUAUUGAUUCGUUCGUGGCUGGAGCUGGAUGGUUGGGCAAUCAUUUAGCUCUACUAGUGGUACCUAAAGACGAAGAACUAUUGGGUAAGGGUCAAAGACCCCAAAUGAAGCUGAUCGAACCGCACCAGGAGAGCUACAAUGAGAUUUCGGCAGAUGUUCUAUCUAUUCGUGGCUUUCAGGAGUACGCCUGCAACGAAUAUCACUUGGAAUGUUUGGCAGAAGAGGGUCAGUUUUUCAUUGUUAGCCCAAAGGAUGUGGUUUUGGCCAAGCCCCGCAAUCCUGAUGAUCAUGUCCAAUGGCUAAUGGAACACCAAAAGUAUGAAGAAGCUUUGGAGGCCGUUACGGGACCGCAAGCCCGUGAACUGAAGUGCUAUUCGGCCCUCCAGGUCGGUAGGACUUACCUCGAUUUCCUUCUAUCGAAUGGGGAGUUCCAGGCGGCCGCCAAGCUCUGUGUGAAAAUUCUUGGUAAAGAGAAGAAUCUUUGGGAAGAAGAGGUCUUCAAAUUUGCUCGAUUACACCAGUUACGAGCAGUGACCCCGUAUCUUCCACGGGGAGAGUGCCGUUUGGAUCCACAUAUUUACGAGAUGGUGCUCUUUGAGUUUCUUAAAACAGACUCUGGGGGUUUUCUUCGGCUCGUGCGAGAAUGGAGUCCUACGCUUUACAACAUUGCUGCUGUAAUGAACGCCGUUCUCGAACACAUUCUUCGGCAUGAUCCUGAUGACUCCACACUCCUAGAAGCUUUGGCUAUUUUGUAUUCGCACGAAAAGAAAUACGACCGAGCCCUGGCCAUGUAUCUCAAACUCCAGCAUGCCGAUGUUUUUCGACUAAUUGCUCAACACCAGCUCUUCCCGACGGUUCACGACAAAAUACUCGCGUUAAUGGAGCUUGAUGCCAAUCAAGCGUGCGCCUUAUUUCUCGAACACAGCGAACACAUUCCACCUGAUCUAGUCGUUUCACGUCUGCAAACCAAAACGCCAUUACUAUUUAAGUAUCUGGAUGCCUUAUAUAUGAAAGAACCAAAAGAGGGCAGCCGAAAAUUCCAUGGAUUAUUAGUCACAUUGUAUGCUGAAUACGCCCAAGAAAAACUGCUUUCCUUUCUGCGCAGCAGCGACUACUACCCUAUACAAGAUGCAUUAGAUAUUUGCCAACAAAGAGGAUACAUACCGGAAAUGAUUUUCCUGUUGGCUCGUAUGGGCAAUACUAGAGACGCUCUUCGUCUAAUUAUGGGUCAAUUGAAGGACAUCAAUCAGGCCAUCGAAUUUUGUAAAACUUAUGACGAUCCAGAGUUAUGGGAGCAACUAAUUGGAUAUUCUCUAGCUAAACCAGAGUUUGUCAAUGUUUUACUGCGUAACAUUGGCACACAUGUCGAUCCACGUCUAUUGAUCCAACGUAUAGAAUAUGGAGUAGAGGUGCCCGGUCUACGUGAUUCACUUGUAAAAAUUUUGCAUGACUAUAAUUUGCAGAUUUCGUUGCAAGAAGAGAGUCAAAAAAUUCUUGUGAGCGACUGUUUCAGUCUACAUGAAAGGCUAGUCAGAAUUCACCAACGAGGCUUGGCGAUUCGAGAUGAUCAGAUUUGCGGAGCCUGCCAUCAGAAAGUUAUAGUUUCCGAUUCCAGAAAACCGACGGCCGGAAUGGUUGUCUUCUUCUGCCGUCACGCAUUUCAUACCGAUUGCCUCAACACAGUGGAUACAUGCCCUAUUUGCUAUGCGAUGAAGCUGAAGCCUAACGCUGGAAUUCCUGAAAAAUUGCGAAAACCCUGACGCGUAAAAAUGUGAUUGAAGCUUAUUACCUUUUGCUCCUAAAUGAUGCCUUGUAAAGCAGAUGUAACGUAUACAUAGCAGUAGACUUGAAUGCCUAUUCCAUCCUCAGUCCUACAUUUUCAAAAAUAUACGUGAUUGUAGAUCUGAC